CAGCUCCUGAUGUGAGAUGGCGACCCCAGAGCCUCCGCUGGGAGGGACCCCCCGGCCCGGCCCCUCUCCCGGUCCUGGUCCUUCCCCAGGGUCCAUGUUGGGCCCUUCUCCCGGUCCUUCACCCGGUUCUGGACACUCGGGACACUCGGGACACUCUCUCCCAGCUCCAGGAUACGCCCCGGACAGCAUCCACCCCCUGCACAAGCCCCUGGACCCGAUGCACGAGAAGGGAAUGUCGGAGGAUCCACGCUACGGGCAGAUGAAGGGAAUGGGAAUGCGGCCGGGGGGCCACGCGGGAAUGGGGCCCCCCCCCAGCCCCAUGGAUCAGCAUUCCCAAGGUUAUCCAUCCCCUCUGGGCGGCUCCGAGCACGCCUCCAGCCCGGUGCCAUCCAACGGCCCCUCGGGCGGCUCCGCCGGCGGCUCCGGGGCGGCUCUGGACGGUUCCGGUUCCGAUUCACCCGCACUGGGCCGGGGCCCGUCACCGUUCAACGCGGCUCAGCUGCACCAGCUCCGCGCUCAGAUCAUGGCCUACAAGCUGCUGGCUCGGGGACAGCCUCUCCCAGAGCACCUCCAGGUCGCCGUCCAGGGAAAGCGGCCCCUGCCCGGGAUGCAGCCGCAGAUUCCUGCUCUACCUCCGCCCGCCGGCGGUGCACAGGGCCCGGGGCAAGCGCCCGGAGCAGGGCCGGCACCGCCCGGGUAUUCCAGACCUCACGGAAUAGGAGGGCCCAACAUGCCCCCUCCCGGACCCUCAGGAGUUCCCCCUGGCAUGCCAGGACAGCCCCCUGGGGGGCCCCCCAAGCCCUGGCCAGAAGGGCCUCUAUCGGCGGCAGCUCCAGGCGGAGCCCCCCAGAAGCUUCUGCCUCCUCCCCCCGCGGGUCGCCCCUCCCCGGUGCCCCCGGCCGUGCCCCCGGCGUCCCCCGGGCCACCCCCGCCCUCCCCGGGCCAGCCGGCGCCGCCCUCGCUGCCGAUCCAUCCCAAACAGAACCGGAUCACCCCCAUCCAGAAACCCCGAGGCCUCGACCCCGUUGAGAUCCUGCAGGAGCGCGAGUACAGACUCCAAGCCCGCAUCGCCCACCGCAUCCAAGAGCUGGAAAACCUCCCCGGCUCCUUGGCCGGAGACCUGCGGACCAAAGCAACCAUCGAGCUCAAGGCUCUGAGACUGCUCAACUUCCAGCGCCAGCUGCGGCAGGAGGUGGUGGUGUGCAUGCGGCGCGACACGGCGCUGGAGACGGCGCUCAACGCCAAGGCUUACAAGCGAAGCAAGAGGCAGUCGUUACGUGAGGCCCGGAUCACAGAGAAGCUGGAGAAGCAGCAGAAGAUCGAGCAGGAGAGGAAACGCCGGCAGAAACACCAGGAAUACCUCAACAGCAUCCUGCAGCACGCCAAGGACUUCAAGGAAUACCACCGUAGCGUGAGUGGAAAGAUCCAGAAGCUGACCAAGGCAGUGGCCACGUACCACGCCAACACUGAGCGAGAGCAGAAGAAGGAGAACGAGCGCAUCGAGAAGGAGAGAAUGCGCCGGCUCAUGGCAGAGGAUGAGGAAGGCUACAGGAAACUCAUCGACCAGAAGAAGGACAAGCGCCUGGCCUACCUGCUGCAGCAGACGGACGAGUACGUGGCCAACUUAACAGAGCUCGUGAGGCAGCACAAGGCAGCCCAAGUGGCCAAGGAGAAGAAGAAGAAGAAAAAGAAGAAGAAGGCAGAGAACGCUGAAGGACAAGCUCCAGCCAUCGGCCCCGAUGGGGAGCCACUGGACGAGACGAGCCAGAUGAGUGACCUCCCAGUGAAGGUGAUCCACGUGGAGAGUGGGAAGAUCCUCACGGGCACUGAUGCCCCCAAGGCUGGGCAGCUCGAGGCCUGGCUGGAAAUGAACCCUGGGUACGAGGUGGCUCCACGCUCUGACAGCGAGGAGAGCGGCUCCGAGGAGGAGGAGGAGGAGGAGGAAGAGGAGCAGCCUCAGCCAGCACAGCCAGCUCUGCCCGUGGAGGAGAAGAAGAAGAUUCCAGAUCCGGACAGCGACGAUGUCUCGGAAGUGGACGCCCGACACAUCAUUGAGAAUGCCAAGCAGGAUGUGGAUGACGAAUAUGGGGUGUCCCAGGCCCUGGCACGGGGGCUCCAGUCCUACUACGCCGUGGCCCACGCCGUGACCGAGCGCGUGGACAAGCAGUCAGCCCUGAUGGUCAACGGUGUCCUCAAGCAGUACCAGAUCAAAGGCCUGGAAUGGCUCGUGUCCCUGUACAACAACAACCUCAACGGGAUUCUGGCGGAUGAGAUGGGACUGGGGAAAACCAUCCAGACCAUCGCCCUCAUCACGUACCUCAUGGAGCACAAGAGGAUCAACGGCCCCUUCCUCAUCAUCGUCCCCCUCUCGACUUUGUCCAACUGGGCCUACGAGUUUGACAAAUGGGCUCCUUCCGUGGUCAAGGUUUCCUACAAGGGCUCUCCGGCGGCUCGGCGCGCCUUCGUCCCUCAGCUCCGCAGUGGCAAAUUCAACGUCCUGCUCACGACCUACGAGUACAUCAUCAAGGACAAGCACAUCCUGGCCAAGAUCCGCUGGAAGUACAUGAUCGUGGAUGAGGGGCACCGCAUGAAGAACCACCACUGCAAGCUGACACAGGUGCUCAACACCCACUACGUGGCCCCACGGAGGCUUCUCCUCACUGGAACCCCUCUCCAGAACAAGCUCCCAGAGCUCUGGGCUCUCCUCAACUUCCUGCUGCCGACCAUCUUCAAGAGUUGCAGCACCUUCGAGCAGUGGUUCAACGCUCCGUUUGCCAUGACCGGGGAGAAGGUGGACCUGAACGAGGAGGAGACGAUCCUCAUCAUCCGCCGCCUGCACAAGGUGCUCAGGCCCUUCCUGCUCCGGCGCCUCAAGAAGGAGGUGGAAGCUCAGCUCCCAGAAAAGGUGGAGUACGUGAUCAAGUGUGACAUGUCAGCACUGCAGAGGGUCCUGUACCGGCACAUGCAGGCCAAGGGCGUCCUCCUCACCGAUGGCUCCGAGAAGGACAAGAAGGGGAAAGGAGGCACGAAGACUCUGAUGAACACGAUCAUGCAGCUACGAAAGAUCUGCAACCACCCCUACAUGUUCCAGCACAUUGAGGAAUCCUUCUCGGAGCACUUGGGAUUCACCGGAGGGAUCGUGCAGGGGCUGGAUUUAUACCGUGCCUCUGGGAAGUUUGAACUCCUGGACAGGAUCCUGCCCAAACUCCGGGCCACCAACCACAAGGUGCUGCUCUUUUGCCAGAUGACCUCCCUGAUGACCAUCAUGGAAGAUUAUUUUGCUUACCGUGGCUUCAAAUACCUCAGGCUGGAUGGGACCACGAAGGCAGAGGACCGAGGGAUGUUGCUGAAGACAUUCAAUGAGCCAGGCUCUGAGUAUUUCAUCUUCCUGCUGAGCACAAGGGCCGGGGGCUUGGGCCUCAACCUUCAGUCAGCCGACACCGUCAUCAUCUUCGACAGCGACUGGAACCCGCACCAGGACCUGCAAGCCCAGGACCGGGCUCACCGAAUCGGGCAACAGAACGAGGUUCGGGUUCUGCGCCUCUGCACCGUCAACAGCGUGGAGGAAAAAAUCCUGGCAGCCGCCAAAUACAAACUGAACGUGGAUCAGAAAGUGAUCCAGGCGGGAAUGUUCGACCAGAAAUCCUCCAGCCACGAGCGCCGGGCGUUCCUUCAGGCCAUCCUGGAGCACGAGGAGCAGGACGAGAGCAGACAGAGCGCGGGCAGUGGCAGCUUCCCCCACGCUGCCUCCUCCCUGUGCCUGGGCGCUGAGUCGGAGGAAGCACCUCUAAAGGAGGAACGCAUGGACCUGGACCGGCGGCGGGAGGAGGCGCGGAAUCCCAAGAGGAAACCGCGGCUGAUGGAGGAGGACGAGCUCCCGUCCUGGAUCCUGAAGGACGACGCCGAGGUGGAGCGACUCACCUGCGAGGAAGAGGAGGAGAAAAUGUUCGGCCGAGGCUCCCGGCACCGUAAGGAAGUGGAUUACAGCGAUUCCCUCACGGAGAAACAGUGGCUUAAGGCCAUCGAGGAGGGGACUCUGGAGGAGAUCGAGGAGGAAGUCCGGCAGAAAAAAUCCUCUCGGAAGAGAAAGCGAGAGCCCGAGGGUCCCGCAGGGCCCCCCCCGAGCGCCCGGAGCCGGGACAAGGACGAGGAGAGCAGGAAGCAGAAAAAACGAGGGCGACCCCCGGCUGAAAAACUGUCCCCAAAUCCGCCCCCCCUCACCCGGAAAAUGCGGAAAAUCGUGGAUGCCGUCAUCAAGUACAAGGACAGCAGCAGCGGGCGACAGCUGAGCGAGGUUUUCAUCCAGCUCCCAUCUCGCAAGGAGCUGCCGGAGUACUACGAGCUCAUCAGGAAACCUGUGGACUUCAAGAAAAUCAAGGAGCGAAUCCGAAACCACAAAUACCGGAGCCUCAACGACCUGGAGAAGGACGUGAUGCUGCUGUGCCAGAACGCCCAGACCUUCAACCUGGAGGGGUCCCUGAUCUACGAGGAUUCCAUCGUGCUUCAGUCUGUGUUCACCAGCGUCCGGCAGAAAGUGGAAAAGGAGGAGGAAAGCGACGGAGAGGAGAGCGAGGAGGAGGAGGAGGGAGAGGAGGAAGGCUCGGAGUCCGAGGCUCGCUCGGUGAAGGUGAAGAUCCGUCUGGGCCGGAAGGAGAAGGUUCCAGAACGUGGGAAAGGCCGGCGCCGGGGGGGGCGGGGGGGACGCCCCAAACCCCUCCUGAGCGACGACGAGAGCGAGGAUGAGCAGGAGGAGGAUCGCUCCGGCAGUGGCACUGAGGACGACUGACCCCAACAUUCCACGGCUCCAGAAUUCUGCGAAAUCCCAGAGCCCCCUGCCCCCCCAUCCACCCCCCUCACCCCCGUUCUCCCCUGUAGCUCCGACGGCAGCGACACCGGAAUUCCCAAAAUCCUGAAAAUCCCAAGAAAA